AUGUCCACCGAAAAGAUCACCUUCUUGUCCAACUGGCAUGCCACCCCCUACCAUGCCCCCGUCUACCUUGCUCAAGCCAAGGGCUUCUUUGCCAACGAAGGCCUCAAGGUUGCUCUCCUCGAGCCCAACGACCCCAGCGAUGUCACCGAAAUCAUCGGAAGCGGCAAAGUAGACCUAGGCUUCAAAGCCAUGAUCCACACUCUCGCCGGCAAAGCCCGCGGCUUUCCCAUCCUCUCCGUGGGCUCCCUCCUCGACGAACCCUUCACCGGAGUCGUAUACCUCAAGUCCUCAGGCAUCACCACCGACUUCCGCUCCUUGAAGGGCAAACGCAUCGGCUACGUCGGCGAAUUUGGUAAAAUCCAAAUCGACGAGUUGACUUCGCACUAUGGCAUGAAGCCAGACGAUUACACUGCUGUGCGCUGCGGCAUGAAUGUCACUAAGGCAAUCAUCGAUGGCAGCAUUGACGCAGGUAUUGGUCUUGAGAACGUGCAGAUGGUUGAACUUGCCGAGUGGCUUGCUUCCCAGGGUAAACCACGCAGCGAUGUGCAGAUGCUGCGUAUCGACGAACUCGCCGAGCUGGGCUGCUGCUGUUUCUGCUCGAUCCUCUACAUUGGCAAUGAAACCUUUAUUGCUGAGAAUCCCGCCAAAGUCAAGGCUUUCCUGCGCGCUUGCAAGAGAGCUACUGACUAUAUUCUUGCUUCUCCCGCUGCUGCUUACGAAGAGUAUGUGGCUUUCAAGCCUGCUAUGGGAACUGCACUCAACCGCAAGAUCUUUGAGAGAAGUUUUGCGUAUUUCUCCAAGGACAUGAAGAAUGUGAGCAGAGAUUGGGAGAAGGUUACCCGCUAUGGAAAGAGAUUGGGUGUUUUGCCUGAGGAGUAUACUCCCAACUACACCAACGAAUACCUGGACUGGACUUUUGAGGAUGAGUCCAAGGACCCUACUGGCGAUCAGAAGAAAAUGGUGGUGUUGCAGGAGAAGGUUGCUGAGCAGGGAGGUUUCCACCGUCUUGGCGAGAACAAGGCGGCUCCGUUGGUCGAUGCUGCUAGUGCUUGUUUGAUCUGA